AUGCCGCCGUCGUCGGCGCACCUGUCUAGGCUCGACGAAGCAUCGUCGGAUUCCCCUGGCAGUCUGGCAUCCGCCAACUCGGGGAAGCCGGUCGGGAACCAGGCACAGCUUCUGGCACCUUUUUCAAAGAUAGACGAGGUUUCUGGCCGCCAGUACCACCUCGAUGUUGUGCAGCAACCAAAACGAGCUCGUAUGUGUGGCUUUGGAGACAAGGUACGUCAUUCAGCUCCUGAAGAUUUUCAGAAGCUAAUGCUCUGCAGCGAUAUUGAUCAUUCCAUGUUUGUCCUCAAUGUCGACCUUUGGAGCGAGGACGGGUCGAAAGAGGUCAAUCUAGUUCGCUCUUCUGCUGGUAGCCCGUCAGCAUCGACGCCUCAUCCCUAUACGACUUUGAACGGCGGGGAUACUGCCAUGGUCCCCUGCAAUCAAAGCAUCGCUUCACCCAGCCGUGAUUCAACAUACAAUCCAACUCAUGGAGUAUGCUACGUCCAAGAAUACCAGAUGCAGGCCAGCUUUGCGCAAACAUCCCCCUACCCCCGCAAUGGCUCUUAUGGCCCACCGCAGCAAUACUACCCCCAACACCAGCCGUAUCAGGCAGAUGGGGCUAUGAGUGCUCUACCAUCGCACGCAAAUGCUACAACGUAUGGGAGAAGCGGUUCUUCCGGCUCAACCGGAUAUGUUCAGGACCACAACUCCUUGGGUAGAAUGUCUAUGGUGGGCGGACAGCCCCAGGGCAUGUUCACGAGGAAUCUGAUCGGGAGCUUGGCAGCCAGUGCUUUCCGACUCAGCGAUACAGAAGAUCGCAUCGGCAUCUGGUUUGUUCUUCAGGACCUCAGUGUACGUACUGAGGGUCCCUUUCGACUGAGAUUCUCGUUUGUGAAUGUUGGACAGCCUGAUGGAGCACCGCGCGACGGAUCAGCUCCAAAAGUCAACAAGAGCAGAGCUCCCAUUCUGGCAUGUUGCUUCAGCGAAAUCUUCAACGUCUACUCAGCCAAGAAGUUCCCCGGCGUGUGCGAGAGCACACCACUCAGCAAGACAUUUGCCACCCAAGGCAUUAAGAUUCCAAUUCGAAAGGAUGCAAACGUCAAGGUUGGCGAUGACGACGAUUAUGGGGAUUGA